GCUUCGUGGGAGCUUAUCGCUUUGCAGAUCAGCGGCGCGGCGGCGGCAGCAGCAGCAGCCGCUGUUGCAGCCAAGCGGCAGCGGUUCUUGUGGCUGUGAAUACGCUGGGGAGAAAUGCGAAAUUUAAGCUCCGCCUCCCAGGCUUCUCCCUCAGAAGUGGCUCUAGCUGCUUUUCUACCCAAGAAGCGAGGGAGGCCGUCUCUCCCCGACCUCAUUCUGCGGGCUGUUUGCGUCUCUACAGCCCGCAAGGGCGCCUCUCUGGCUGCCAUCAAGAAGGCGCUCUUGGCCGAGGGGUACGACGUGCAGAAGAACAACGGUCGCCUGAAGGCGACGCUCAGCUCUCUCGUUAACAAAGGGCUGCUGCAGCGGGUGACGGGCAGCGGCGUCUCGGGAUCCUUCAGGGUCAACAAGCACCAGAAGAAAGGGGGCGCCUUGAAAGGAACGAAGAAAAAAACGGCCGUUAAGAGACCCAAAACCCAGAUAGCGGCCAGGAGGUCUCCGAAAAAAAUUAACCUCGCAGCAGCUAGGAAAGCAAAGGGGCCCGGCAGGGAAACCAAGCCAGCCGUUAAAAAACCCAAGGCUCGCAAAAACCCGGCCAGACCCAAAGGGAGGGCUGCUCCCCGCGGCAAAGUUGCCGUCAAGAGGCAUUAAAAACACAUUCCUCGUCAACUAAUAAACAUUAACUCAAAGGCUCUUUUAAGAGCCACCCUCGAUAUUCACUAAGGGAGCUGGUGUUUUGCCGGGAGACCAUGGCCAAGCGUUUACCAACAAAGAUGCUUCUUGGAGAGAAAUCUUUGAUUUGGAAUUUUACUAGCAAGAUUGCAUAGGACAAUGUAACAAAAUGAAAAAUUCCUGUUGGAAGAUAUUCAAAGUUGAUUUUUAAAAUAAUCAAUAGAAUUGUCCUCCCCCUAAAAAAAAAGUUCCGUGAAAAAAAUCUUCACGUAAACAAAGACUUUAAAAUAAUCGUUUUACGCCGUAGUAAUGCUCAUACUGUAACCUCAAUACACUUUUAUUAAAUUUAUAUCCACGUUUUCGACA